UGCAUUGCGACCGUCACAUGUGUGUCGCAACCGGCCGGUCGAAACAUUGACGUCUGGCAGAUGCUAUUAUUGAUCUUGAGCCCUUCUUUACUAGUUUGGACCUCUUAUAUUUAAAUCAUGGGGAUUCUGGAAAGGAUUGCUGAAAUAGAGGCAGAGAUGGCUAGAACCCAGAAGAACAAGGCGACAAGUGGUCAUCUGGGUAUGCUGAAAGCCAAACUUGCUAAGCUGAGAAGAGAACUUAUUACUCCUAAAGGAGGUGGAGGAGGAGGGGGAGGAGAAGGUUUUGAUGUUGCCAAAACUGGAGAUGCAAGAAUAGGCUUUGUUGGGUUUCCCUCGGUGGGCAAGUCUACCCUUCUCAGUAACUUGGCUGGUGUCUACUCUGAGGUAGCUGCGUACGAAUUCACUACACUCACCACAGUACCUGGUGUUAUUAGAUACAAGGGUGCUAAGAUUCAGUUACUUGAUCUGCCUGGUAUCAUUGAAGGAGCUAAAGAUGGUAAAGGAAGAGGAAGACAGGUUAUUGCAGUGGCAAGGACAUGCAGUUUGAUCUUGAUUGUACUUGAUGUUCUCAAACCCCUGAAGCACAAGAAACUCAUUGAACAUGAACUUGAAGGCUUUGGCAUCAGGUUGAACAAGGCUCCUCCAAACAUCGGAUACAAGAGGAAAGACAAGGGUGGAAUCAAUCUGACCUCUACCUGCCCUCAGUCAGUGCUUGACCUAGACACCGUGAGGACAGUCCUAUCGGAGUACAAGAUACACAAUGCUGACAUCACUCUAAGGUCUGAUUCUAGUGUUGAUGAUCUGAUUGAUAUCAUUGAAGGAAACCGGGUCUACAUCCCAUGUAUCUAUGUGCUCAAUAAAAUUGAUCAAAUUUCUAUUGAGGAAUUAGAUAUCAUCUAUAAGAUUCCACAUUGUGUGCCGAUCUCUGCCCAUCAUAAAUGGAACUUCGACGACCUUCUGGAAAAGAUCUGGGAUUAUUUAAAUCUGAUAAGAAUAUACACCAAGCCUAAAGGUCAGUUGCCAGAUUAUGAGGCUCCCAUCGUUCUCAAGAGUGAAAACUGCACUGUGGAAGAAUUCUGUAACAACCUUCACAAGAGUAUCCUCAAAGAACUUAAACAUGCCCUAGUCUGGGGCUCGUCUGUAAAGCACAACCCACAGAAGGUUGGUAAAGAACAUGUACUAAAGGAUGAGGAUGUUAUACAGAUCGUCAAAAAGGUAUGAAGAUGAUACUCACACAAGCACAGAUCAUUCUUCCUCAAAACUCCUGACAUGACUUCCAGAGUUUUCCUGAGUUUUGAGACAAAUUUAUGGCAUUAUUUCGACCCUACACAACCUGUAAAUCAAAAUUAUUACAUGAUGGAUUAUGUUUAACUCCGGGGAGGGGGGGGGGCAGCUUCCAUUGACGAAUGGAUACCAUGCGCGACCAUGGGGUCUCGAAAAGCACCUAAACACGUAUUUUCAGGUUUCUAAAAAUGCACCCCUUAACAAGUAUUGGCGUGUGAAACGAUACCCUUAACAUGUAUUGGAAACAAAACGAUACUCUUGGCAAGUUCCCUGAAUUGACCCCCUAAACAAGUACAGCGAUAUUUUUAUUGUUAUGUCACAGACGUCGGUCGUCGGCCUACCUAAUUCACCCACAGCAUUGGGUUUAGUACAGCCCCACGUACCUCACAUCUUGCCCAGAUCGUACUCUAAACACGUAGUGUUGA